AUGAGUAAAGACGAGGUUAAGGACAGAAAGAGAAAGGUUGAAGGUUACGAGGUAGAAGAACACAAGAAGAAGCACCACAAGAAGGAGAAGAAGGAAAAGAAGCACCACAAGAAAGAUAAGAAAGAUAAGAAAAAUAAGAAGGAAAAGAAAUCUGAAGAUGAGGAAUCUAUUGCCGAAGCUGUUACAAAUUCCAAACCAAGUUUAAGUACUACCGGUUACGUUCAAAAUGAAGAAUUGACUAACGUUGCACAAUCUGAAAUCGAUGGUUUCUUAAAAGAAAAUGAAGUUGCUAUUGAAGAUCCAGCUAAAAUGAACUUGCGUCCAUUGUUGUCCUUUUCUCACGUUUCUUUACACAAAGAAAUUCAAGAUGAGAUUGCUAAAUUUCCAAAACCAACUCCAAUUCAAGCUGCUUCUUGGCCAUAUUUGUUAUCCGGUAGAGAUGUCAUCGGUGUUGCAGAAACUGGUUCAGGUAAGACUUUUGCAUUCGGUGUUCCAGCUGUUAAUGCUUUAGUUCAAAACGAUGGUAAAAAGAAACAAUACGACGGUAUUAAGGUUCUUGCUAUCUCUCCAACCAGAGAACUGGCUUCCCAAAUUUAUGACAAUUUAAUCAUUUUAACUGAUAAGGUUGGCUUAGAAUGUUGUUGUGUCUAUGGUGGUGUUCCAAAAGAUGAUCAAAGAAGACAACUGAAGAAGUCUGAUAUCGUAGUAGCCACUCCAGGUAGAUUAUUAGAUUUGUUACAAGAAGGUUCUGUUGACCUAUCGAACGUUAACUAUCUUGUUCUUGAUGAAGCUGAUAGAAUGCUUGAAAAGGGUUUUGAAGAAGAUAUCAAGAGAAUUAUUGGUGAAACUAACUCUAAGAAGAGACAAACUCUUAUGUUCACAGCUACUUGGCCAAAGGAAGUCCGUGAGUUAGCUUCUACUUUCAUGAACCAACCAGUUAAAGUAUCUAUUGGUAAUAGAGACGAAUUGACCGCCAACAAGAGAAUUACCCAAAUCGUUGAAGUUGUUGAUCCACGUUCUAAGGAGAGAAAAUUAUUAGAAUUAUUGAAGAAAUAUCAAUCUGGUCCAAAGAAGAAUGAUAAAGUAUUAAUCUUUGCUCUAUAUAAGAAAGAAGCAGCUCGUGUCGAAAGAAACCUACAAUAUAAUGGUUAUAAUGUAUCUGCCAUUCACGGUGAUUUAACACAACAACAAAGAACCCAAGCUCUGAAUGAAUUCAAGAGUGGGAAAUCUAAUUUGUUACUAGCUACUGAUGUUGCCGCUAGAGGUCUUGAUAUUCCAAACGUUAAGACUGUGAUCAACUUAACAUUCCCAUUGACUGUUGAAGAUUACGUCCAUAGAAUUGGUAGAACCGGGAGAGCUGGCCAAACAGGUACUUCUCAUACUUUGUUUACUGACCAAGAGAAACAUUUGGCUGGUGGUCUAGUUAAUGUUCUAAACGGUGCCAACCAACCAGUUCCUGAAGAUUUGAUCAAAUUCGGUACCCACACCAAGAAGAAAGAACAUGGUGCUUAUGGUGCUUUCUACAAGGAUGUGGAUAUGUCCAAGAAACCAAAGAAAAUUACAUUUGAUUAA